GGUCCUCCUCUCUGCCUCUGCGUCGUUACUCCUCCAGGCCUGCAGGUGGCGGUGUGCCGCUGAAGCGAUGAGCUCCGGGUCUGCAGCCGAGGAAGACAUCCAGCAUGUUGGAGACGCCUUUGCUUUUUAAGCUGGUCAACUUCACAGAAAUAUAACUCUGGCUCAUUCGUACUGGUUAUCUACUCGGAACAGCGGCAGCUGACGACCCCGAGGUCUGGAAACACCAUGGAGCCCAUAAUGAAUCAGAUUUGGCCGAGAGUCUUCCAGCGGAUUCACAGAACUGCAGUGCUUCCCAUGAGGAGCCAUUCAGGGUGUGCUGAGCCUACCGCCGUCCCUGCCUCCACCAGCUCCAGACAUAUCAGACCCACACUCCUGGUUUCCCGCUUGUACCAGCCUGCAAGCCUGCGUGAUAUGCAGCAGGACACCCUGCUGAAAGGAGAGAUGACUUGUAAGAGCCAGAGGCUCAUGCAGAAGGCCGGGCUCAUCCAUCCAUCCAACCCGGGUUGUUACUAUUACCUUCCUGCCACCGUCCGCUCCAUGGAGAAGCUGAUGAGAGUCAUCGACCAAGAGAUGCAGGGAAUUGGUGGGCAGAAGCUGGACAUGCCCAGUUUGUGCUCAGCUGAGCUCUGGAAAAACAGUGAGCGCUGGGACUUGAUGGGAAAGGAGCUCCUCCGCCUGAAGGACCGCCACGGAGGAGACUACUGCUUGGCUCCCACACAUGAGGAGGCCGUGACGACUCUGGUCGCCCACCAGACGACUCUUUCCCACAGACUGUUGCCUCUGCUUCUGUAUCAGAUCACUCGCAAAUUCAGAGACGAACCAAAGCCGAGGUUCGGCCUGCUACGAGGGAGGGAGUUCUACAUGAAAGACAUGUACUCGUUUGAUGUGAGUGAAGAAGCAGCUUACCAGACCUACGAAUCAGUGUGUCAGGCAUACACCAGGCUCUUUGCCCGGCUGGGUCUGCGAUGUGUUCAGGUGCAGGCGGACACGGGCAACAUUGGCGGUAAACUCUCCCACGAGUUCCAGCUGCCAGCAGACAUCGGGGAGGACCGGCUUUUUGUCUGUGGGAACUGCUCCUUCUCUGCUAACGUAGAGACCAUGUCAUCCAAGAGAACUGACUGCCCGCAGUGUAACACUGGCACACUGGUGGAGUCGAGGGGUAUAGAGGUCGGACACACAUUUUACCUGGGUAAAAAGUACUCUCAAAUAUUCAAUGCCACCUUCAGCAAUUCCCAGAACAAGUCUGAGGUUGCAGAGAUGGGCUGCUAUGGUCUUGGUGUAACCCGAAUUCUCGCUGCAGCCAUUGAGGUGAUGUCCACAGAAGAGGAGAUCCGCUGGCCAGGCCUUCUUGCACCUUACCAGGUGUGUGUUUUACCCCCAAAGAAAGGCAGUAAGGUGGACAAGGCAGCAGUCUUGGCUGAGGAACUGGUGCACACUUUGGGAGAGACACUGCCUGGUUUAAGAGGUGAAGUUGUUCUUGAUGACCGUACACAGAUGACCAUUGGAAAGAGGCUUAAAGACGCCAGCAAACUGGGCUACCCUUAUGUUAUUGUAGCAGGACAGGGAGCUCUAGAGGAAACCCCCAGGUUUGAGGUAAUCUGUCAGCAGACAGGUGAGACGAUGUUUCUCAGUAAAGAUGGACUGUUAGAUCUUCUGGGAAGAGUGGAAACUGUAUGAGUCACACCUCUGAAUGUGGACAUAUAUAUUUUAGGUUUGUGGGUUCUUUGUAUCAAGCAAAAUGUCAGUGAGGUGAUGGUUAGGUGAGGUCAAAGUUAUAAAUUUUGCAUGUUUGUAUAAAUUUUGUUUCAUGCCAAUAAGAGGAGUGGUUGUUGGUAUGGCAUAGACUUACUGUCACAACGCUCGAUAAUGGACCUGAGAGUAUUCAGUUGCUUUUGGUUUACAUGAUGUAAAACACAGGAAUGUCACAGUUGUCUUUGUUACAGCCUUUCAUGUUCCCAUGCAAAUAAAAACAUGAGCCAACUGAGAUGAACAGAAAUAAUGACCAUUUGCUGUUGUGUUUUAGUUCGGGUUAGCAGUAUGAAAUUCACAUUGUACAACCAUCUCAAAAAGAUAUCCCGGUUCCACAGCAUCAUGGUAUACAGUGUCAAACAGUUAUUAUAAAUAUUCUUAUUAAUAUCAGUCACAUAGCAACAUUUUAUUGUAACUGGUAAUAGUUCAUUUUAUUGAAGUUAACAAUGCAUCACAUUGCCUUUAACUGACGUGUGAAUAAAAUCUUAACAUUUACAAUAUUUCCAUAUUCAUA